CUGUAUGAUACGAGUAUAAUAUGCACAAAGCCAAUAUCCGAACUCAUUCGGGUUUGAGGAUUCAGUGCAUUUCCGAAAACACCCGUUCUUACUUAUUGCGAUAGGAAAAACCACGAAUGCAAUUCACGUGCAGUCUACGGACGGUACGACAGAUUCUUGAAACAGUCCACGAAUAGCUGCCAUCAUGAAAUCCCAGUAGUCAUUCUGAACAUAUCUUCACACGCGUCUCACACUCAUAUUCACUUGUGUUAAAUGUGUGGUCCGUACUUUAAGUAGAAUGCAUUAAUCUCUUCAGUUAAUCUCAAUUAAUCUUCAAAGACGAAGUUUGUACGGUUCAUCACGGUUGGUUCAUAUUGGGAUUUUUACAAAUAUAAUUUCGCUCCUUGUAACGGUUAAUUAUUGAAAUCAAGUACUAGAUUGUAGAAAUUUAUUCGUGAAAUUUUAACCUGUUAUGGCCCAUUGUCAGUUUAUAAAUUCAUGAAGAAUGCCAUCAAAACAGAGAAAAAUAGCCAUUAUGGGCUACAGAUCAGUAGGAAAAUCAUCCCUCAGCAUACAAUUCGUCGAAGGGCAGUUCGUCGAUUCGUAUGAUCCAACAAUUGAAAACACAUUUACCAAGAGCACCCGUGUGAAUAGUCAAGAAUAUGAAGUAAAAUUGGUAGAUACAGCUGGUCAAGAUGAAUACAGCAUAUUUCCUACCCAGUACUCCAUGGACAUACAUGGAUAUGUGUUGGUCUACAGUAUAACAAGUGCAAAAAGUUUCGAAGUUGUACAGAUAAUCUACGACAAGCUAUUGGACAUCACAGGCAAAGUGCACGUGCCGAUCGUUCUGGUUGGUAAUAAAACUGAUUUACACAUGGACCGAAUGAUAUCAACCGAUCAGGGGAAGCGUUUAGCAGAGACAUGGCACGCCGCUUUUUUAGAGACAAGUGCAAAACAAAAUGAGUCUGUUGCAGAUAUUUUUCACACAUUGUUGGUUGAGAUUGAGAAAGCUGACGGCAAUGUACAAGAAAAGUCUAAUUGUAUUAUCUCCUGAAUUUUGUAGCUAAAAUAUUUGUCCGCCGUUACCUUAUUCCGAUCCCUUUUUUAUUUGAGCACUUCUUCCUUUAACCAUUUAUAAAUCAACAAGCUUUUUAUCUUGUCAGAAACUCUGAUAACUAGGAGUAAUAAUGAGCUAUUUGAUUAAGCACUGUAAUUAUUUUCUACACUGUAAGAAAGCGAAAUAAAACGAUCCUCUCUUGAGUGACAUAUACCAGUAUUAGAUACUGAUUUGCUCUUUGUUAAGCUAACGUAACACAACCUACGGUAUAACAUAACUCGUGAUUCACAAUUCUGUAGCAAGGCUAAAUGUAUGCAAUUCAAGUCGUU